AUGAAGUCAAGUCUGCUGCUCCUGCCGCUGGCGCUCCAUGCGUGCUCAUGCGCGAGGAUCCUCGGCAUCAACCCAACGGCGUCCAUCAGCCACCAGCUCCCCUUCCUCAUCAUCAUGCGAACUCUUGCGGAGAGGGGACAUCAUGUCACCAUCAUUACCACCAACCCUAUGAAGGAUCCACCUCCAAACACAACUCAGGUAGAUUUAUCAUUCAUGUAUGAUGUGAAGAAACAACACGACUUCUACAAAAUGUCUCUACUUUCAAAAGAGGAAUUCACUGAGAAGAUGAUACAAGCUGCUAAAAAUAGUUGUGACCUUCAGUUUAAAACUCCCGGUAUAAAGGAACUUCAAUUUGAGAAGAAAUUUGACUUGGUGGUAAUGGAAAUGUACCUACAGUUUUGUUACUAUGGCCUUCUGCAUAAACUGGGGUCUCCACCGGUUGUUGGUAUUUGGUCAGCAGAAAUAUACCCACAGCUACAUCGUAUGAUGGGCAAUCUAGUUCAUCCUGCGUAUAUGCCAGAGCUUGAGACAACCUACACGGACCACAUGACAUUCUGGGAAAGACUUGACAAUACUUAUCAAAUACUAGACGCGUUUUGGCUUGCUAGAAGAUAUACAGUUGCUCAAAAUGAAGUAAUGUGGGAACAUUUCGGAAACGAUGUUCCCAGCAUCUUUGAAUCGCAGUACAAUAUCAGUCUCUUGCUCGCAACAACUCACUUCUCCUCCUCUUAUCCAAAGCCGAUGCAACCCACUGUGGUCCAAAUGACUGGACUCCACAUUAAAGGAAAGCCUAAGCCGCUACCGCAGGAGAUACAGUCCUUCCUGAAUGGUGCGAAAUAUGGAGCCAUAUACUUCAGCCUUGGCUCGAAUGUUAAGAGCAGAAAUCUGCCAGAGUCUAUACGACAAGCACUGAUGGACGCCUUUUCCGAACUUCCGCAGAAGGUCCUUUGGAAGUUUGAGGAUGACUCUCUACCAGGGAAGCCAAGCAACGUCAUGAUCGCCAAGUGGUUGCCACAAGAGGAUGUUUUGUCUCACCCAAAUAUUCGACUGUUCAUCACUCAGGGCGGUCUUCAGAGUUUCAACGAGGCAUCCUAUUACAGUGUGCCACUAGUCGGAAUACCUUUCUUUGGUGAUCAAGCAUACAAUGUGGCAAAAAUGGUCAGCGCUGGAAUUGGAGUCAAGCUGGACUUUCGAACCAUCACCAAACAGUCUGUCCUCCAAGCCGUGCGGACUGUUCUGGAGGAUCCCAGCUACCAGGAGAAUAUGAAGCGCUUUUCAGCCGUCUACCGGGAGCACCAGAGCACGUCCCUGGAGAAUGCAGUGUGGUGGGUGGAGUACGUGAUCCGCCACCAGGGGGCGCCCCACCUGCGCAGCGCAGCCCUCGACCUGCACUGGUGGCAGCUGCUGUUGCUCGACGUCAUUGCCUUCAUACUGGCUGUGGCGGCCUUGGCGGCGUUUGUACUACAUAAGUUGAUUCGGUGGUUGUUGACUUUGCUCUCACGACCCAGCAAACAAAAGGAACAAUGA